AAUAAUAAUAAUAAUAAUAAUAAUAAUAAUAAUAAUAAUAAUAAUAAUAAUAAUAAUAAUAAUAAUAAUAAUAAUAAUAAUAAUAAUAAUAAUAAUAAUAAUAAUAAUAAUAAUAAUAAUAAUAAUAAUAAUAAUAAUAAUAAUAAUAAUAAUAAUAAUAAUAAUAAU